UCGUGAUUUGAAUUCACAUUUUUCUUGUUGACUGUGGUUAACCGCAUCCGACUGGUUACCGCCACAAAGUGUCCAAAACCAUUAAUAAACUAUCAAAAACCUAUAGAACCCAAAUCAAUUCAUAAUAAUUACUCGAUGGGCUCAUUAUAUCAUCCAUUCUAGUAUUACUAUUUAUAGAAAUAAAUUUUAUGAUAUAAAAUAUAGUCCAUGAUAACCGGUAAUACCUAAAGAUUAUUGAGAAUUUUUAGACUGAUCGAAAUUUAUAAAUAAUGUAUGUUAUGUUAUAAUGUUUGUUCUAUGUUCUAUUCUCAAUAAUUGAUGUCGUUAGUGACUUGGUGUUGUUGAGAGACCAUUCAAUUAUUAGUAUUUACUAAUACUAUUUUAUGGUGAUCAUUGAAAAAACCUGUACUGUUGCCCGUUGUUGAUUUUAAUUUUCGGACCUGGUAUUCACUUUUCAGACAUGCAGUACAAUAUUGCUUAAUCCAAUCUGUAACACCUACAUUGUACGGUAUGAAAGUAUAUCAGCCUGCAUACUUGGUAGUUCAGACCGUUCAGAGUUCUUACUUUAUAUGAUUAAUUACAAAUAAUCAUUAUUUAUACCUAGUAAAGCAAAUAGUGUACCUAUACCUACAAUAAUUUCCUAAAACUUUUUCGUUUCUAUUUAUUUAUCAAUCUACCUAUAUUGUCCAUCUGUCGUCAUCAUCAUUUUGGUUCUUCGAAUUAGAUAAGGUACUAUCUAUCUGGUUCAAUAAACUACCUGGCAGCUGUGAGAUUUUUUAUUUACUUGGAGCAACUUAAAUGAAUUUAUGCCAUUACCAGUGGCAGAUCCAGAGUUGAAUUUUGGAGAGGGGCCUCCUAAAAAAUUACUUCUGAGCCAUAUAUACAUAAUACAUUAUAAUGAUGUUUAUGUUUAUUUUAUCUGAUUUUAUUCCAAUAAUGGCAAUAACAUUCCCAACGGUUUCCAAAUAAAUAUUAUGUAAUCAAUUAUAAUUAUUAAAUUAUCACAUAAUUUAAAAUAUUUGUUGUAAGUAAAAAGAAUGUCGAAGAGGUCUGGGGGACCGAGGCCCUUAGCCCCCCUGGAUCAGACACUGGUCAUUACAAUGCAUGUUAUGUGUAAUGAACCAGACCGACACUAUAAGUAGACAUUAUAUUAUUAAAUAAAUUUUGAUUCAUAUUAUGUUAUAGAAGUAAUACUUAAAAAAAAAUAUCUGAAAUUCAUAUCCAUGGAACCCAAAUCGGAAAUCGUCAGAGACAAAGUUAUUGAAGAAGUUGAUAUAUAUUUAUUUGAUAUGCCUGAAGAAUAUUCUCUAGGACAUUGUGUGGCCAAAGAUAUGCGUAUGAGUGCUGGUAUCGCCAUACAUUUCAAGAAAAUGUUUGGAAGAGUUGGUGAAUUGAUGGACCAAAGACCUGAUGUUGGUACAGUAGCGUAUUUACAACAAAAUGAUCGAUUUAUUUACUAUUUAAUUACAAAAGAACGUAGCAAUAGUAAACCAACAUAUCAUACUAUAACAGCAGCCAUUACAAAAUUACGUGAUGUUAUUGUAAAACAUGGUGUCAAAAAAUUAGCCAUCCCUCGUAUUGGUUGUGGUCUAGACAAAUUAGAUUGGUCAAGAGUAAGAGGCAUUAUUGAAAAUUUAUUUCAAAACACAGAAUGUGCAAUCAAAGUUUGUCAUUUUACACAUAAUAAGUUAAGAGAGUCAGAAUCACUCCGAGUUGAACAUCCAAGUACUAUAAAAAUUAAUAAAAAUAUCAAAGACAUAGAAAAGCGAGAAUUUGAAAAACUGAAUAUUAUAUUAUAUUCUCGGACAACUGCUUUACCAGUGUAUUGGGAUCAUAAUUUUCAAUCUGUCAAUGAAAAAUACUGCUUUAAGUCACAAUACUAUAAAGACUAUAAGGAGCAUCUUAAAGUUGGCCAAUGUUUAUAUUACAACACAAUAGAAGCUCGUAUAUUUGUUAUAAUUACAAACAAAAAUAAAACAGAUCAUUUUUCAUAUCAAAAUUUGGAAAAGGGACUUACAAAAAUAAAAAUGUUGAUUGAGAAGGAUCAGUGGCACCCAACAUUCAUAAUACACACAUUGAAUAAUCAUUUAUUUGAAAGUCUCAUUAAUCAAAAAAUUUUAUCUCUAAUUAGUUCAGCAUUUUUAAAUUUGACUCCAUGUGUAAUUUAUGAAAUAGGAAGUAGUAAUUCUUAAAAAUUUAAAUUAACAAAAUAUACUUUUGUUGAAUUUGAAGUUGAUGAGUCAUGCAAAACAUAAAUGAAGAAUGUAUGGUUGUUUUGUAUUAAUUAUUACAUUUAUUUUAUUUAUAUUGAUAAUUUUAAUUUGAAAAUUUAA